AUGGCGCGGCCGCGGCACGGCAAUCACCGCGACGAGCACGCCCGCCUUCUGGCGGAGCACGUGGAGCUGCUGGAGUCGAGCGUGCGCGAGCAGCUGGGGCCGCUGGCGGGUUCGCUCGUGCGCGCGCUCAACCGCCACGGCGCCCUGACGCUGCGGGAGCUCGCCGACGCCGUGAAGCGGGAGCCGUUUGGCAACCCGCUCAGCACCGGCGACGCGGCGCGGCACGUGGGGUGCCCGCUUGCCGUUCCCGCGCCGGCGGGGGAGGUGGGCACGGACGCGGCCAUCAAGGAGCUCAUGGCACGGCUUGUCCUGCACCGCGUCGUGUGCUACGACGCGGAGCGCCACGUGUACGGCGUGGCACUCGGCUACGGCCUGCUGCUGCGCACCCUCUUUCCGCUUGUCCUGCGCUUCUUCCAGCGCCGCUACGGCGAGACGGGUGUGACGCUGCUGAUGGUGUUCCACCAGCUGGCGACGGUGCCGUGGGAGGCGGCGCUGCGGCUCGCGACGGAGCGUCGGCCGGCACUCAGCGAGGCCCUGCGGCACUGCGCGCGGGAGAUGGAGCGGCUCGGCCUCGUUGAAUUCGUCUCCGCGGGGCGAGGCGGCGUGGAGGAGGCGGCGGCGGCGCCGACGGCGACCCUCUCACCGGACCCCUGCCGCCUGCACGUCGGCAACAUCCUCGCCGAGAUGCUGCACGACGCCAUUCAGCACCAGCUGCUCGCCGAGCGCUUCGCCGACGGCGGCGUGGCGGCUGCCGUGGUGGAGGCCUUCACGACGGCGGGGCGGGGCCGCCGCCUGGAGGAGCGCGCGCCCGGCUUUCCGCCGGUGCACCCCCGCACCAGCGUCUCUCUGCCGCUGCGGGUGCUGCUGCGGGAGGUCCCGCUGGCGGAGGCCGCCGUCGUGGCGACGGUGAGCCGCAUGUGCCGCCCGGACGGGGAGGCGCUGUUGAGCAACGACGGCACCGCCGCAGUGGCGGUUGAGGGCCCCUACCGCUUCCGCUACGACGCCGCCAUAGAGGCGAUGCAGCGGGACUGCUGCGAGCGGCUGGUGUUUGCGCGGCACGGGGUGCUGGGGGUGCGGCUGACGAAGCUGCUGCUGCAGCACCACAACAUGGAGGACCGCAUGCUCGCGGAGGAGGCCAUCGCCACGCUGCCCCGCACCCGUGAGGUGCUGCACGCCAUGCUGCGCGACGGCUACGUGCGCCAGCAGGAGGUGCCGAAGAGCGGCGUGAUGGCGGACCGGCAACCGAAGAACUCCGUGUUCCUGUGGGGCUGCAGCCUGGAGAAGGACCUGCUCCCCGCCGUCCGCGCGCAGGUGGCCAAGGCCCUCCGCAUUACGCUUGCGCGGCUCUCGCAGGAGCGGAAAGCCGCGGCGAACGAGGCGGCGUCGUUCACGGCGGCGGCGGCGGCGGCGGCGAGUGGCGUUGCUGGCGCCGCCCCCGGCGCUGCGGAGAGCGAGGCGGCGUGCCCCGCACCGGCGGCCGGCGUGCGAAGGGCCACCGGGGAGGUGACGGCCGAGACGCUGCGGUCGCUGCGCGCGGUGGCGGCGUUGGAGAGCUCCGCCUCCGCGCUGAUGGGGACGAUGCUGGUGCUUGACUUUUACUGA